CGAGCGCAUCAGCUGAGAGGUGUGGCUAACGUUACCGGGAGCUGGAGGAGCCAAAAUGGCAACGACAGGACGUCAGUUUCACACUUCGCCGCACUGAUUCAACCGGGUAGCAACUAGCUAGCUAGCUCCAACAAGGAAACUACCACACACACACAGACGGACGGAAACAACCCAGAGACAGCGGCUGAAGAAUAUGGCUGAACUUGAACAACAUGAAGGAGAACAGGUAACCAUAACUACCGACAUUGAGAAGAAGAUUGAGGAGACGAGACAGAGAUUCAAGAAUGAGUUCGUCCAAGAUUCAACAGAUAAAUAUGACUCCAGAGAUGUGGAGAGGCUUCAAACAGAUGAUGCUUUGAUGUCUGCCUACCUGCAGUGGAGAAUGUAUGGUGUUGAUGAUGCCUUGAAGAUGAUUGAUGAAAGUUUUCAGUGGAGAAAAGAAUAUUGUCUGAAUGAUCUCACCGAGAGCUCCAUUCCCAGAUGGAUGUUCGAGACCGGUGCUCUCUACCUCCACGGCUACGACAAAGAGGGCAACAAGCUCUUCUGGUUCAAAGUGAAGCUACACGUGAAGGAUGCAAAAACCAUGGUGGACAAGAAGAAGUACGUUGCCUUCUGGCUGGAGCGGUAUGCGAAGAAAGAGCCUGGGAUGUCACUCACUGUUGUGUUUGACAUGACAGAGUCUGGUCUUGGCAAUAUAGACAUGGAGUUCGUGAAGUACGUCAUUAAUUGCUUCAAGAUAUAUUAUCCAAAGUUUUUAUCCAAAAUGAUCAUCGUGGAUAUGCCUUGGAUCAUGAAUGCUGCGUGGAAGAUCGUGAAGUCGUGGUUGGGUCCCGAGGCAAUCAGCAGGCUCAAGUUUGCGUCCAGAUCUGAGAUCCAGGGAUUCAUAAACCUCGAGUACCUGCCAGCUCACAUGGGUGGAACGGACCCCUUCAAGUACAGCUACCCGCCUCUCCCCGACGACGACUUCCAAACGCCCAUCUAUGAAAACGGACCAAUUGUUAGCGAUGACGACGCGGAGAGCAAAGAGGGUGAAACGGAGAGCAAAGAUGCCCUCGAGUCCAGCUUCAACUCUGAGGUUGCGGUAAAGCCCAAAAAGGUGAAUUUCCUGGAAGAAAGUUUGAGGGCAGAGGACAAUGAUAAAGCAGACACAAGUGCCAGGACCAAAGGGGCCAGGAAGCCACUGACCACCUUCAAAGGUCUUCUGCUAGAUGUUAGCCCCGCAGAGGAGCUCAGCUUUGGUUCUGCAGAGACCGAGAAAAAAAGCCUCAUUAUCCUGAGCAAUGUAACCAAAAAUCAGGUGGCCUUCAAGGUACGGACCACAGCACCUGAGAAGUACAGAGUGAAGCCCAGCAGCAGCUGCUGUGAAGCAGGAGCUUCUGUAGAUAUAGUGGUGUCUAUACAUGGAGGUUCUCAAGCCUCUCCACAGGACAGAUUUUUGGUCAUGGCUGCCGAGAUGGACAAUGCUGCUGGAUCACAAGAACUUGCACAGUUCUGGAAAGAAGUACCAAAAACUAAGAUCAUGGAGCACAGAUUGCGCUGUCAUGUUCUGGAGAGCGCUAAACCAACAGCGAGUCUUUUCAGAGAAAACUCUGUGGAGACGGACACCAACGGGCAGCAUGAAUUUAACACAGCGCUCAUGCGAGUGAUGACCUGCAACGCACGGCUGGAGCAGAAGCUGGAUAUGUGUCUGUGGGUGCAGAAGGUUCUCAUCGGGUUGGUGCUGAUCCUCGUGGUGCUGAACCUCCUGUGUCUCAACAAGCUGGGUGCCUCCCAGCGGCCAUCCUGACCUGCCACAGCUCCCUCCGCCUGCAUCUGUGGACCACAGACACACGGACGGGUUCCAACGGGGCCAACAAUCGACUACCUGAGGGACGGUCGUCCCGAGCUCUCCCCUCCCCCACGGGCUGCUGUCAUGGAGAGGAGGAGGAGGGCUGACUUUAGGGACAUGUGAGUUGUUAUGCAGUUACUAUAUGAAGGGAUUGUACUUGUCUCUUUUCAGGCACUUGACAGUUAAUACAACAGAGACACUUUCAACAAUGUGACAUCAAAAUCAUUAAUGUAUUUUUUAAAUACCGACCGUGGAAAAAUAAAUGUGUAUUUAUUGCAAAAGACACAAUAUGUAGGAAGAAUUAGUUAUUUUUGUGAUCAUAAUGUACAAUUUUUUUAUAUUAUAUAAAUUACAGAAUAUAAAAUAAAGACUUUUUGUCAACUUA